AAUGGACCCAAAAAUAUGGUCCGAAAAAUAGUCCAAGGGUCCACAUUACUGUAUGCCUCUCCGGGCCCUGGUUUGGAAAAAAACUUCUGUCCUAACAGUGGGGGGGUCAAUUGACCCUGUAUCUUAUUACUGUCUCACGUCGUUGACUUAAUUUAUCACAAGCGAGUGGUUUGUAAGUUCGUUAGGCCUUGUUCAGACGCCGCUCGACUCAUUAAUUUAGCUCUCUAACAAAGUGAGAUUACUUUUAACGCGGAAUACACGUUGUCAAUCUACUAACUUCCCAUUAGAAAAUGGCCAAAGCUGGGUUAGCAUUCUCAGGCGGCGGAGUUCGGUCAGCGGCCUUCUGCUCUGGAGUCUUACGCAGACUGCUUCAGCGAGAGACCAACUUGGAUUAUCUGAGUUGCGUGUCAGGGGGAGGUUAUACAGGCUCUGCUUACAUGGACUGGAAGUACCGUCAUGGCAAGCAAGACAGCAAAGACUGGCAUUUCAAAUUCUUUAACCAUCUGCGCGAGCGGAGUGGGAUCUUUUGCGACUGGCAGCGGCCUAUACAUGGAGUAUUUGAUUGUACAGUUCUUUUCUGUCUUCCAGUUUUCGUCACCCUUGUUGUUCCAUUUAUUUUGUGGAGUGCUUACGCAUGCCCUCUAGCUUUCGCUGUCGACUAUUUAGCGGGGGAUAUCAUCCGCGGCGGAAUCAUAACACAUUGUGACAGCUCAGCGCUGCUGGUGAACGAAACAGUCUCAGAAUGCGAAAAGAGACGGGAGAGGAAAGCUAUUGAAAGGUUCCUUUUGUUUGGUGCUCCUCUUGUCUUAGCAUUUGCUUCUUACUUCAUCGCACCAAUGUUACCUGGAUUAAAAAACGCCUCCUCCUUCCUGACCACUUCGUUUGGAGUCAUAUUCGGCCUUGUGUUUCUGCCCUGGUUUUUUCAUGACGUGCUCGAGUUCAUACCUGAUUGGAUGAGAGUUCUGAUCAUUCUACCCACCGUGGUGCUUUGGUUUUCGUUUCCUGUGAUGAGAAAAAACGCUACGCUCGUCGUAAUUGUGUAUUUUUACGCGUACGUAAUUGUGUAUAGGGUGUACAAGAAAAGCUUUAGUUUUUAUCCCUACACGGACCACUUCUUUGCUCAGCAGUUGUGGGCUUCAGGGUUACUCUUAUGGAUCUCACCUCUGAUAGGAACGAUACAACAGCGUCUGGGUCAUGUCUACAACAGGUGGCGGCUACAAAAAGCCUUGUUCACGCCAACCAGUCGAGGAUUGUGUGGUUGUGCCGGCAUUUCCUUCCGCAACUUUUUUCUCAGCUGCCCAUAUUUCGAUCACAAACAGCGUGUUAACCUCGACCCUGAACGCCCGCUGACCUUGGAAGAUCUUGAGAACGUCAAGCCUAUCUUUAUCAGCAAUGCAGCGGUCAACCGAUGGCGACGCACCACCUCCUCCACGGAACCCGACUACGAAGCACUUAUCAUGUCCCCCCAAGGGAUUGAACGACUGGAUCGACCUGCGCAUGAGCGCGAGUUAGAAGGCAAGCUUAUGCCGGAGGACAUUUACUUGUCCGAUGCCAUGGCAACGUCAGCUGCUGCUGUUGAUCAUCACAUGGGUGCCCUGGAAGGUGAAGAGAUGUUUAAAGACCUGAAAGUCACCUUGGGAAUUGCUAUGGGUAACUCUGUUGUCAGCGACCCGAGGCAUGUCAGGAAACUCAAUAUUUGCCUUCAGAUUCUUCCGUACUUCAUCGAGAUAUUCAGAGUCUCUCCACUUUUGAUAUCAUACGUUUUCUACCAUAAUUUUGGCGGUGACGACUAUCUCACCUUUGGAGUAUUUUGUUUCUUCUUGCUUCUGUUGCUGUUGACCGUAAUCGCCUUGAUACCCACGGGAUCUGCUAAUCCCAGCCGGGUGGAGAGGAUGGCCAGAUAUUUUGCUGUCCACAUACCUUACAUCAGUUAUGUUCGGAAAACAAUCGGGAUACUAAACCUUGGGCCCAGUCCUCCUCCUGUAUUGCGUCUGAGUGAUGGCGGCCAUGUUGAAAACCUUGGAAUCUUGCCUCUUCUGAGACUCAGACUGAAAAGGAUCAUCUCUGUUUAUGGUGGAUGUGCGGCUUCAGAACAAGCGUUUUGUAACACCUUGAUGAACGCGCUCGAAAUGGCCAGGAAAAAACUGAGAUGUUCAUUUACAGGAAUGGAUGGUCGAGACAUCAAUGAAGAUAUUCGAAUAAACUUUGUGGAGAGAAGUCCCGGAAACCAACCUAGGAGUUACAGGUUCAAAGUCCAAUACUUUGACAAAGAUCCAGAAGGGGACGGCGACCACAUGGUCGGUGAGGCAGAGGUGCUUUUCAUCGCUCCUAGACACCCCAAUAAGGGAAUUAAGAUGACGCAACCUAUGACGUGGAAGGAGGCGUUAAUUGACAUUAACGAAAAUCUUGACGAGGGCCAUUGGGGAACUGGACCAGAGCUUCAUGCUAAGGAGGUUGACAGGCUGACGUUCUGUUGCUGCGAGUCUUGUCAUGGUGACGCUUGGUUGGUUACCCUUUGUAACAGCCGUUUUCGAAGCCGAGACGGAGCAUAAGGCCGACGACUUUGAAGAGUAAAAUCUCCCCGAUGUUGACCAUCGAAACGCGUCCAUUUUGGCUGUACAGCUAUAUCCUUUGGAAAGUAGUGUAUAGAAAAACCCAGUGUAUGUGUAUUAUUCUUAUGGCUAACAUCAUUUGACGCUCCGGCCACGCAAUAAGUUCGUCCUCUUCACAGUUUUCUG